UCAGAAUCAUCCAAAACCUAAAAAAAGCAUCUCAAAACUGCUUUUUAAUUACGUCACCAGCGGCCCUUCUGAUUGGCUGCUAAGGCAGCCGCGUUAUCAGCGGGGCGGAAGUUCAGUAUUAUCCACGCAAAAAGGUCUUCCUUCGGUUAGGACUUUAACAUUUCUGUUCAGGGAAGGAGAAACGUUUAUUUAAAACGACACGACGACACCCUCAUCAUUAUCAUCACCAUCUUCUUUCCAGGCAUGUGAUGUCAGCUGACAGCAGCAGAUGUAGCUGACACCCUUCUGUCACAGUGGCCAUGGUGGAGGUUUCGGCAAAGAGCGGCGGUGCUCCGAUGCGCCGCGGGCCCUACAUUAGCAUGAUCACCAAUCGGACGACGAAUUUGCUGAUCCGUGCUGCUAUGCUGUUUAUGGUGGGUGUGUUUCUAGCGCUCGUGCUAAAUCUGCUACAAGUGCAGCGUAACGUCACCCUCUUCCCUCCUGACGUCAUCACCAGCAUUUUCUCAUCUGCCUGGUGGGUUCCACCCUGCUGUGGAACAGCCGCAGCUUUGAUAGGUUUGCUGUACCCCUGUAUGGAUCAUCGUCUGGGGGAGCCACAUAAACUCAAGAGAGAGUGGUCUAAUGUGAUGCGCUGUGUGGCCGUCUUUGUGGGCAUAAAUCAUGCCAGUGCUAAGGUGGACUUUGCGAAUAAUGUGCAACUGUCGUUGACGCUGGCUGCCUUGUCUGUCGGCCUGUGGUGGACAUUUGAUCGUUCUCGCAGUGGUUUUGGGCUGGGAGUCAUCAUUGCAAUACUUGCUACACUCACCACCCAGCUGCUGGUUUACAACGGAGUCUUUCAAUAUACCUCCCCUGACUUCCUGUACAUUCGGUCCUGGCUGCCAUGUAUCUUCUUCGCGGGGGUUAUAACUGUGGGGAAUAUUGGACGACAGCUAGCUCUGUACGAGUACAAAGUGAGUCAGGAAAAGACCCACCAGGAUUAAUGAAGAAUUCUCUGCACCAUGGGAAAAUCCAGAAUAAAGGAGUGAGGAAUCAAGCAGGAGCACCAUGACUGACAGAGCCAUCCAUCAUUGAGGAGGAGCUGGAGGAGCUGCUCUCGGUGUUUGAGGAUGGACAGUGUUAUGAUUUAUACCUCCAGAUCUGUUUUCUGCCUCCUCAGAUGCUCAGGUUCUCUAAGUGUAUAAGUGUGUAACAGUAAGAUAUGAUGUGGUUUACACACUCUCAUACCGUCUUCAGCAAUGCUGAAAUGCUACCGGCUGCCAUAAAGUGCCAAACUGACUCUGACUGGUCAAACUGCAUGACUGUCUUCACCUCAUUACUGGAGGCAAAGCCUGGUGUGUGAGAGAUGGACAAUAUAACUGAAUAUUUAGAUGCAUUACAUGCACAAACACAAAACUCAAUCACAAGCAAUUUUCUUUAUGAUCUUCGUACUGUUGUGGCCUCCAUCCUCUGUGAUGGGUGGAGGAGAGUCAUCUGGACACAGCACCAUCGUCGGAUCGCAUUCGUCGUACAGAAAAAUCACUGGUCAGUAGAAGUAAGAAGAGUAAUAUAGAGUAUUAUGACAGGGCAUCAGAUCUGUUACAUCAUUUUAUUAAAGGGCAGCUCACUUCUGCGGAGUCUCAGAGCCACCACUAGUGGGCGUCAGAGCAUAACUGACCCGUCGCCCUGUGUUUGUAGAUGCAGUGCUAAACCCGCAAAAGACAUCAUAUUUUCUAACAGACUAACCAGUGUGCUGUGUUCAUUAGUUGGGGAGGGGAAUUGGUGUUCAACAAGGUGUUGAUUACUGCUUUGAUUAUAACUUGAAUACUUUAUUGUGAAGCAUUCCUUAUUAUAACCAGAUCCCUAUUAGAACUCAUCAGUUUUGACUGAUUGAAGCAUCCCUUAGCUCCAGAAAUGAUUUCAAGGCCUGAUAAAAAUAGUUGGCUUCAGAAUAUUGGAAUGAUUCUUAAAAAUGACAUUCCAUUGAUUAUUACCAAAGCCUUAAAAUAACCUUAAGAUAACAGAUAGAUUGGAGCUCAAAGUAAAGAGGAUAGAACAGGCAGACCACCAUCUGUGCACUGAUUUUGGAUAAAUUAAGGGAGUUUUUACCUCUUUUUAUUGGGAGGAUAUUUUAUGAAAUACUGAGUAGGAUUCAAAGUAAACAGGAUUAAUGUUUUAUUAAGUGUUACAAUGAGAUUGUAGGCUUGCAAGAAUAAUUGUAUAGUUCAUGACCAUCUGAAAGUGAGUAUGUUGGGAUGUUUUCUCAUGCAUGGGCAAUUACUUGAUCCACGGUUUGUAUGUAACCACAUUUACUGUUUUUUGAAGUUGAAGUUACAUGUUUGUUAUUAUUGCAUUUGCAUUAUUAAAGGAGACAUUGGUUUGA